AUGACGACUUCCACCGUCCAAGGAUCCCCCGUGAAGGCCCUUAUUGUGGAGGAUACGCCUGUUCAUGCAUUUAUUCUCUCCACCAUCCUGCGGAAGUUCCACUGUGAGAUUACUGUGGCUGAAAAUGGGAACGAAGCUGUGCAACUGUUUCUCGAGGGAAAGAAGUUUGACAUUAUAUUUUGUGACAAGGAAAUGACAGUAAUGUCCGGUCCUGAGGCCAUUGAGAAGAUCCGUGCUUUGGGAGAAUGUCAUGUGAAGAUUGUUGGAGUAUCAGCCGGUUAUGAUCUCGAACAAUCAUUCAUGAGCGCUGGUGCUGAUAUAUUUCUGCCCAAACCAAUGAAGUUUGAAGUUGUCGGGCCUAUUAUUCAGGAGGUCAUGAAUAAGAAGAAUAAUUCCAUGGUCUAA